AUGGUUUACAGGUGCGAAUGCAAAGGAAUAAAAAAAUGUCCGAAUUGUGGAUGCGGACACCGCAACUUAUCAAAAAGCAAAGAAUUGGCGGGAAACGGCAAAAGAAUCGAAUCCGGAGAGUUCAUCAUAGCUUACAUCGGACCAAAGAGGAGAUGGAGAAAAGCUGUCUUGAAAGCUGGGAAAUAUCACAUAGACCCCACUUUCUAUGGAAACAAGGCGAGAUUCGCAAAUCACUGUUGUGACCCAAAUGCAAUUGUGGAAAAUUGGACAAUGGACCGUGCUCCUCAAGGGUUCAAAGCGCUGGCGUUUGCAACCUGUCCACACUCUCCAAUUCACUGA